CCUCCCUCCCCUGGGUGGGUUGGUUCAGCUGGUACACUGGCGGGCGCAGGGGAGUCCGGGCCGGCGAGCUCUGCCUUUUCGCCUCGCUCCCCUCCUCGGCCAGGCCUGCCAGGGGCGCCCAGCGGGACCAUGUCGAGCCAGGAGGAAGAGGAGGAAGAGAAGCAGCGGGCCAAGGAGAUCCUCCGGGGAUUCAAACUAAAUUGGAUGAAUCUCCGAGAUGCAGAAACCGGGAAAAUCCUAUGGCAAGGAACAGAAGAUCUCUCCGUCCCCGGAGUGGAGCAUGAAGCUCGAGUUCCUAAGAAGAUUCUGAAAUGCAAGGCUGUAUCUCGGGAACUGAAUUUUUCCUCCACGGAGCAGAUGGAAAAAUUCCGCCUGGAACAGAAAGUUUAUUUCAAGGGACAAUGUCUAGAAGAGUGGUUCUUUGAGUUUGGCUUUGUCAUCCCAAACUCCACCAACACCUGGCAGUCUUUGAUAGAAGCAGCUCCAGAGUCGCAAAUGAUGCCAGCGAAUGUUCUCACCGGGAACGUGAUCAUAGAAACCAAGUUUUACGACGACGACCUCCUCGUCAGCACUUCCAGAGAGGUAAGGGGCCUGGCGAGAUUCAUCCCCUUCACCCACCCUUCUCUUGCCCUCCUGCCCGGGACAAGGCCAGCCUGCAACACCUUGAGAGCAUCUGCUCGGAUAUUUGGAAAGGUGGAUGGGAGGGGGGGGCAGAAGGACUGGUUUUUGGGGGGGGUCACCCGGCUGGCGAGAAGGAUCGAGAUUGUAAAUGGGACUUAGAGAGAGAUGUUGUUGUUGUUUUUUCUAGAUCUUUCUAUGUCUCCCUAUACUUAGUCGCCUUUUCGGCAGGCUGCCUGUCCACUCGGUUUCUUCAUGGUCUCUUUAUUACUUUUUAAGUUUCACUUGUUCGGGUCCCCCCCCCCUUUUUUUCUCUCUCUCUCUAUUUCUUUUUCUCUCUCUCUCUCUCCAUUUUUUAAAUUCCGACUCUCCUCUCCGUUUAACUGGUCCAGAUUCAUUUUCUUCCACCGCCCCCGUUUCCUUCAACUUGUAAAAUAGACCGCAAUAUUCUUACAUAAUGUAAUUAAAAAAAUAAAUAAAUUUCUGAUUGAAAA